GCAACACACAAGAGAAAAGAGAGGGCGAGCAAGCAAAGGCCCAAGCCUAGGACGAUGGGCGUGCUCCUGCUUCUUCACGUCCUCCUCGUCGCGGUGGCAGCGAGGGCUCCUGCCGCUCAGGCAUGGGGCAAGGAGGGCCACUACAUGGUGUGCAAGAUCGCCGAGAGCUUUAUGACGGAACAGGCCAAGACGGCGGUGAAUGGCCUGCUGCCGGGGUGGGCCGGCGGCGACCUCGCCGAGACGUGCUCGUGGGCGGACAGGCAGCGUUUCCGGUACCGGUGGUCCAGCCCCCUCCACUUCGCCGACAAUCCGGGUGACUGCAAGUUCGACUACGCCAAAGCAAUCGGCGUCUGCCAAGUGGCUGGGCCAAUGGAGUUCAGGGUUCAGACGAAAAUGGCGUUGGGGGGGAGAAGUUCCCACGUCUGAAGGAUCACAAGGGAAUAUAUCUAGGGACUGCCACAACACGAAAGGAGAGAAGGACAUGUGCGUGGUUGGAGCAAUCAACAACUACACCGCUGCGCUGAAGGACUCAUCAAGUCCAUAUGAUCGGACCGAGAGCUUGAUGUUCCUUGCACACUUCGUCGGCGACGUCCACCAGCCGCUCCACUGCGGCCGCGCCGACGAUCUCGGCGGCAACACCAUCAUCGUUCACUGGUACAGAAGGAAGAGCAACCUUCACCAUGUGUGGGAUGUGAACGUGAUUCAGACAGCCAUGAAGGAUUUCUACGGCAACGAUCUAAGCACCAUGAUACAGGCCAUCCAGCGGAACAUCUCUGGAGAGUGGGCUAACGAAGAGAAACGGUGGGAGACGUGCCGUAGCCGGACAAAGACUUGUGCUGACAAGUACGCUGAAGAGAGCGCAAAGCUGGCCUGCAAGGCGUACGAGGGUGUUGAACAGGGCUCCACCUUAAAAGAUGACUAUUUCUUCGCUGCGCUGCCGGUGGUUCAGAAGAGGAUUGCCCAAGGAGGUGUGAGGCUUGCUGCAAUACUCAACAACAUAUUCGGUGGGAACAGCAAGCUUGAUGUAAGAAGAAAUGUAAAACGAAAUCAAUAGAAGAAUUUGUGGAUGCAUACUUGCAUAGAUCGAUCGUCUGAGAAGUGUGAACUGUUGGCGUCUUCUAGACAUGGAAGAUAUCAGGGCUAAACUGGUGAGCUGCCAAUCCGGGUUAGAAGUGCUUGAUAAGAUCUGGGAGCUACAGGUGAAUAUGCAAUUGAAAGUGUUUGUUUUCCUAUGGAGAUGGUGGUCGGCAAGAAACAAGGCUAAUGCUGGAGAGAAGAUGCCAACAACAACUGAUGUUUGUGGUUCUGUUAUGUUCUUCCUCAUUCAAUUUGAAAAGCUAUAUGAGACUAAAAAGAAAGUAAUAGCUGCAACUGAAGUUUCAUGGAAACCUCCCACUGAGAACACUUAUAAAAUCAAUUCGGACGGUUCUUUUGAUUCAGAUAAGAGAACGGGAGGAUGGGGUUUUGUGGUGAGAAAUGUGAAUGGAGAGGUGUUAGCAGCUGGGGCUGGAAAUAUUCGGUAUGCUUCAUCGGCAUUACAUGCUGAGGCCAUUGCUACUUAUAAGAGCAUUGUUCAUGCGGCUCAGCUAGGUAUGUCACGAAUUAUUUUGGAGAUGGAUGCCUCGGUCCUAGCUACGUCCCUCAAGUCAACAUAUGUUGAUCGGAGGAGCAUUGGGGCUUUGGUGGUUCAAAUUAGAGACAUGAUGCAAUCGGAGUUCUCU